AUGGGAAGAGUAUUUAUAUGGGGAGAUUCACAUCUGCCGAAACUUGUCAAUUUUGCUUUACCUCUUUCUGUGAAACAAGUCCUUGCGACUGGAUUGAAUGAUUUUUACAUCUUGUUGGAUGGUGGAGAAUUAUAUCGAUUUAAAUUAAUCAAAACAACAAACAGCGAUGUGUCAGACACUCCAAGUUCAUCCACCAAUUUGGUGACAUCAGAAAGUGAAUUUGCAAAUAUUUCAACACCAGAAUUAAUAUCUCUUCGUGAGGAAGAUGUGGCAAAUAAUGAACAUUUAAUCAUGAUCGUAUGCUUGAAUCGAAACCAAAUUGUUGGUUUAUCAAAUUUUGGAAAAUUGUUUUGGUUGAAAGAACCACAUGCAUCCAUCAUGAUCUUGAUGGAAGAUAAAGAUGUCACUCAUUCAAAAAUUGAGAAAAUCAGUGGAGAUGGAUGUGAUUCCUUUGUCAUACAUUAUGCCAGUGGAGCUCUCAAACAAUGUUCCGUACUUAAUCAAGGUAAUAUCUCAACCGUUCGACGAUUUCAUCCAUCUCAUCAAUUGCUUUGUACCAAUGACUUUGCAUUUCAAAUUCCUGAUGAAAAUUGUAAGACACUUGUAUUUCAUGGAAGUACUUCACAAUUUCCUGUAAAAGCAAAUGAACUCAAUUGCCCAGAUGGAGGUGUUUGGAUAGGUGGUUCAGUGAAGGAACAUCAUGUGUUAUUCUUGUCCAGUUUGGGAAAUGUUUACUCUCUUGGAAUGAAUUAUGAGACUAUUUAUUGUGGUGAAUUAAUUCUUCGUGACAACACUUUCACGCAAGUACCAGGACUGAGAGACAUUAUCAAAGUGACACAAUGUAAAGAUAAUUUAUUAUUUUGGGGUUCUAACAAGCAUUACUUUUGUGCUGCACUUACCAAGAAUGGAGAUGUAUUCACUUGGGGAGGAAACAAUGGUUUGAUGUGUGGUCACUCUCCAACGAAACCAAGAUGCUUUUUUGGAACACUUGUGACAGCGUUUUAUGGUCAAAAAAUUGAUCAAAUCGAUUGUGGAUCUACUGUAGCGAUUGCCUAUGCAAAGGAUUCUGGAACUGUAUUUUCUCAAUUUAUCAACAAUGAAGAAUUUAGUGAUCUUAAAUUAGAAUUAAGGUCUCAUCGAACCAACGAUAUGAAAGAAAUUUAUUUACACAAAUGCAUUCUAUUGGCACGAUGUCCAACUCUUCUCCAAUUAGUAGAAUCUAAAAAACUGAAUCGUUUCUUACGUGGAGCAAUUUUUGGUUUAGACACUCACGAUCAACUCUGUGUGGAAGAGGAAUAUUCAACAGAAAUGGAAGUAACUUGUAAAAAUUCGACUCGAACUGUUGUGACUAUUGAUUGUACUCUUUCAGACAAACAAAGAAAAGAAUGGGGUUUUGAAGAUGGUUUGAAAAUUAUUUAUGACUCUAUUUACUUUUAUCUUUCAUACUUAUACACUGAUCAGAGACAUAUCGAUGUUCAAAAAGAAAAGGAUCAACAAAAAGUUAGAUUGAUUAAUUUAACCACCAGAAAAAUUAUUGAGCUUUUUUACUAUUUGGAAAGUCAAUUGUGGAAUAACGAAACUCCAAUUUCACACUCAACCAUUUCUCAACAUUUAAUCUCUGAUCAUUUACUAAAGUCGUACUUGACAUGGACCAAAUCUAAUUCUAAAUAUGAAAAUUUAUCCAAAGAUAACAGACAAACACGAGGUUUGUUCCUCUAUGGAGAUGUUCAUAUUGAAGAUCCAAAAAUUAGAAAAAGCAGAAUUGCAAAACAUUUACACACUAUUUUCUCCAAACCCAAUACGUAUGAUGAUUGUACUCUUCAAAUGACAAGCAAACCUGGAGAAUUGUGUUCACUGAGUGGUCAUCGAGUAGUUUUGUCUCUUUCAGAAUUUUUCAAAAGUCUCUUUAUUUCAAACAUGCAAGAAACUUUUGAUAAUAAUUGCAUCAAAUUGGACAGGAAUGAAUUCGAUGAUGACAAUUAUUUAUUUCAAGUUGAAAAUCUGUUGCCCAUGAUUUACUUUUUAUAUUGUGGCGAAAGAUCUCGAAAGGAAUUAUGGAUGGACAGAUAUGAUGCCAAUUUGUCCACUCUCAAUGCCAGUGAAUGUUUGGCUGUUGGAAAUUAUUUCACUUCUCGACAAUUCAAAACCUUUUGUGAAACAUUUAUUUCCAAAUACAUUGAUUUGGAAACCAUUGUUCCACUCUUAGCCAUUUGUGACGUACAUGCUGCCUAUUCUCUUCGAGAAAUGUGUCUCAAUUUUGCAGUGGAACACUUUGAGCAAGUGUAUAUUCAAAAAGCAUUUCAUGAAGACUUGGAAUCUGACACAAAAACCUUUGUUGUAAAAUUAGCAAAAAAGAGAGGAAAGAAAGUAGUAGAUGAGACGACUCUUAAGAACAUUUGGAAGAAUGGUGAAUGGAUUUAUACAAGUACAACCACGAAUGGCAGCUCUCAAUCCUCCUCUCCAUCUUCUUCAACUGUUGAAACCAAAACAACCACAACAACAGCAUCCUCUUCAUCCAUGACGACGACUACCACUCGCAACAAAAGGUUCUCCUUUUUCAGUCGGUUUUUCAAGAAGCGAUAA